GCGAGAUCUAAAUUCAAAUCGCACAUUAUGACGUCAGGACUAUUGGGGGCGUGUGAAGAUGGCGGCGCUUGUGAUGAGAGUUGGUCCUGGUCCGCUCGCUUGUAUUCGGGUUCACCGACCCGCUCUGCACUCUUUUGCUGCCGUCGUGCUCAGAUCCGUCAGUGUGUCUGCCACUCACUCAUUCCCAGAGAGGGUAAAGAUUGUUGAGGUUGGACCCCGAGAUGGACUUCAGAAUGAGAAGACCAUUGUUCCCACUGAAGUGAAGAUCCGUCUGAUCGAUAUGCUCUCUGAGGCGGGACUUCCUGUCAUUGAGGCCACAAGUUUUGUAUCACCAAAAUGGGUCCCUCAGAUGGCUGAUCAGGAGGAAGUGAUACGUGGUCUCCACAAGAAACCUGGCGUGAAUUACCCCGUUCUAACACCUAAUCUGAAGGGAUUCCAGGCUGCUGUGAAGGCUGGUGCUAAAGAGGUGGCAAUAUUUGGUGCUGCAUCAGAGCUUUUCAGUAAGAAGAACAUAAACUGUUCAGUGGAUGAGAGUCUUGUGCGCUUUGAGGAGGUGGUGAGAGCAGCCAAACAAGAGGGAGUUCCUGUGAGAGGCUAUGUGUCAUGUGUGCUGGGUUGUCCAUAUGAAGGGAAGGUAUCGCCAAACAAAGUGGCAGAGGUUGCUAAGCGACUGUAUUCCAUGGGGUGCUAUGAGAUUUCACUUGGCGAUACCAUCGGAGUAGGCACUCCGGGUGGCAUGACGGAGAUGUUGAAUGCUGUGAAGAAAGAGGUUCCCGUGAAGGCUUUAGCAGUUCACUGUCAUGACACUUACGGACAAGCACUCGCUAACAUACUUGUGGCGUUACAGAAUGGGGUAAGUGUCGUGGACUCAUCCGUUGCAGGGCUAGGCGGCUGCCCUUAUGCCCAGGGGGCUUCUGGGAAUGUUGCAACUGAAGAUGUGGUCUAUAUGCUGCACGGACUGGGAAUCCAUACUGGAGUGGACCUGCCCAAACUGUUGGACGCUGGUUCGUACAUCUGUCAUUCACUCAACAGAAGGACAAAUUCAAAAGUAGCUCAGGCCUCCUGCAAGCUCUGAAGUCUUCUUUCUGUUGUUAGUGAUCGUGGGGCCUGGUUUCACUCUUGUGGAGGUCACACAAUCUUAUCCGUUAGUAUGCAGUGAAGCCUCUUAAUUUACAGCAUAUUUAUAUCUAAUAAAUAUCUCUAAUCGCAGUGGAGCUGGACUCUGGGGAUGAGCACAUUCAUUCUCUACUGUGAAUGCAGGAAUUAGUCUGGUGGUGAAAAGGACGAUCGUGAACUCAUAUCGCCUAAUAUUCACAACCAGACAGACUCAAAUUGUUCUCUUGUGCCUUGAUAACUGAUAAUCAAUAAAUAUAGAGUAAUAUGUUCAUUUCUAAUAAGUUAAUUAAAUAUGUUAUGUACUGGUGAAGUAAGAUCAAUUUAUGAUGCCUAAAGACAACAAAUUCUAGAGAAGGACAUAAUUUGACUUUGCAGAAUAUUAUUAAUCACAUACAGAUGCAAAUGAUUUGCUGGUUAUACUGCAUCACAUUACUAAUGUAUGUAUUAUUACUAAUGUCUCACAGAAUUGGGCGUCACACAGUUUUAUCCCCGGGUAUGUGUCUGCGUGUGCCAGUUUGGCCCAUUUUAAAAGGAAGUGUCUGUCAUUAUCAGUAAAAGGCAUUACAACAAUGGUAGUCAUAACAAACCCAACAAAACUCACGGAAAGGAAUUAAUGCACCAUUUUGAUAACUGAUCACUGGUGAAUUUUGUUCCUCUCCAGGAAAAAACUUUUAAUAGUUUGAGGAAGAUAAUUCAAGGAAAAUCUCUUUAUAUAAGCAGUGUGUUUGUUACUGGCAAGCAAGCUCGGCACAUUUGUUAAAUGCCUGUAGAUUUUCUUUUAAUUUAUUGUUGAAACACUGUCUUGUGGGUGAAAGUUUGUUUCUCUUUGUGUUGUUAACUGACAUUGUUGAGUUUUUUUUUUUUUUUUUUUUUUUUUUUUUU